CGGCUGUGGUCGUCUCUCCCCAGCGCCAGUAAGGAGGUGGCCCCCGCAGGCCCGGUGGGGCCCGGGGCCGGCCCGGGGCCCGGGGUCCGCGUGCGGGACGUAGCCUCGCUGCGCCGCUCCCUCAGGAUGGGCUUCAUGACGAUGCCCGCCUCCCAGGAGCACACCCCACACCCCUGCCGCAGCGCCAUGGCCCCCCGCUCCCUCUCCUGCCACUCGGUAAGCAGCAUGGACGGCGUGGGGAGUGGCCCUGGGGGCGGGCGCGUGGGCCUCGCAGAGGACAGCAGCGCCCGAAGACCCCCGGCCAAGCCCCGGAGACACCCCAGCACCAAGCUCAGCAUGGCAGGGUCGGGGGCGGAAACGCCCCCCAGCAAGAAAGCAGGCUCACAGAAGCCGGCCCCGGAGGGCCGGGAGUCCAGCCGGAAGCCCUUCCCCCCAGCGCCCCCCCGGGGCUCCAGGUUUGGGGUUCUCCCCCCACCGGUCCCGGGCGAAUGGCCACCCGCGUUCCACCUGGAGCUGGAGGGGCCGCAAGCUAAAGCCGAAGCAGGGGAGGCCCCUCCGAUCCGGGAAGAGGGUUUGGGAGCCCCGGCACACACGAGUCUCAGUCCCGCGGGGGGAAAGGAAGCGGGCAGCGCCGGGGUCCCUCCUGGGCGUGGUGUGGGGCUGGGAGGACGGCAGGACCCUGCCGGCUGGGGGCCGGCAUUCAGCUCUCCUUGUCAUCCAGCAGAGGGCGAAGACGGGGCCCGGGCCUGGAAUGGCAGCGCCGAGGGUCCCGGCAAGGCGGAGCGUGAGGACAGGGGCCCUGUGGCGUCCGGGAUCCCGGUGAGGAGCCAGGGAGCCGAGGGCCUGCUGGCCAGGAUCCACCACGGAGGGGACCGAGGAGGGGGUCGCACGGCGCUGCCCGUGCCCUGCCAGACCUUCCCUGCCUGCCACCGCAACGGAGACUUCCCUGGAGGCUACCGCCUGGGGCGAUCGGCCUCCACCUCCGGGGUCCGGCAGGCCGCCCUCCACACCCCCCGGCCCUGCAGCCAGCCCAGGGAUGCCACGAGUCAGCCCCCCCCCGCGCUGCCCCUCCCGCUGCCCCUGCCGCCCCAGCCGGCCCGCGAGCGCGACGGGAAGCUGCUGGAGGUGAUCGAGCGCAAGCGCUGCGUGUGCAAGGAGAUCAAGGCGCGCCACCGCCCCGACCGAGGACUCUGCAAGCAGGAGAGCAUGCCCAUCCUCCCCAGCUGGCGGCGGGGGCCCGAGCCGCGCAAGUCCGGCACCCCGCCCUGCCGCCGGCAGCACACCGUCCUCUGGGACACGGCCAUCUGAGGGGGGCGGGGGACGGGCACCUGGACUGCGGAGCGUGCGGGCUCGCGGCCCGGCUCUCGGGACCCUGCCGCCAGAGGCACUGCGGCCGGUGAGAGCCCAGGGAGGAACCCUGCCCUCCACUCCAGCCCCUCGGGGCGGACCUGCAGUGCCUGGAGAACCGCCCCGGAAAUCUUGGGGAGGGUUUGCUCGAGGUGGGGGUCUUUCCUCCCCCCGGACACGGGAGACCCCUCCUCCUGAGAGGGCCGAGGCCAAGCCUGAAGGUCAGCAUGGGGAAGGAAGGCAGGGGGGUGGGUCGAGUGAAAGAGAGGGACUAGAGUGCCAGGCAAGGGAGCUCUUUUUCUGGAGCCGGGAGUCGGGGAAGGGGUAUUUAUUUUGUUAUUUAUUCUGGAGGGCGAUUCUGGGCCCUUCUGACCUACUCCUGAGCAGGGCGUAGAGAACGGAGCCAAGCUUGCACUCUCCCCAGCGCCAGUGCCUGAAGGCCACCCGGGCCACCCCCCGGCCAGGGAGAGGUCUGUGUGGGGACCCGACUGAAAGAAGGGAGAGGCCCAGGUGAGCUGAGGGCAGCAGGCCGUCUGCCGCAUUCACAGCUUGCCAGAACUUGGUAGUCCGCGUGGCCUCCUCGAAACAGGCGUCUCAUUAGUUCUGGGGUGAGGCUCUAGCAACAGGAAUGGGCGGGAAGACGGGGAAGGAGGGAAACAAACUCUAGCGGGUGGGGGGUGGGCAGGGUAUUUAUUUAAAUUAAGACACAAAACAGAAGAGACGUCAGGAACUUUUUUUUAAUUCCUUUCUUUUCAGAAUAAUAUAUUAAAAGACUCAUGAUCCUA